AUGGGAAAAGCAGCGUGCGUACUGCAGAGCUUCCAGCUGGGCAGCGAUCGGGGCAUCUCUGGCACGUGUCCAACCGCCGGGAAGAGCCAAAGACACAAGCAACACAGUGGGAGUGACAACAUCGCGGCCCCAGCCAACCGGAGCCGGCCACGCUGCGCUAACGGGAUUACAGGUGACUUCUGGUGUACCCUGGGGUCUGACGGCGUAGUCGUGCUGCGUACAUGCGAAAAACUGAGCUACACCGAGAACGGCAGCGAGAUUAAAAUGUUUUCUAAUUGA